AAUGGGUCAGUCGAGUCGCAGCAUCACAGUCCAAUCUGAGCUUUAUCCAUUUUGCUUCGAGUGAACCUACCUAGAUCAACAAGAAACAUGAAACUGUUCGUGAUCGCCACCCUUAUCGCCGUAGCUGCUGGAGCUCGCUUGGAGCACCUGGAACGCGCCUACCUCCCUCCUUUCCAAGGAGGGGUUGGUGGACAAGGCGCUCAGGGUUCAUUCGGAAGUAACUCUGGAUUUGGUGGAGCUGGAGCUGGUCUAGACUCCAACGUUGGCAACGCUUUCCCUGGUGCCACCUCCAACCAAUACCUGCCUCCUGACCAUGGACCUUCUGGAUCUAAUGGAUUCGGUGCCCAAAACUACCGCAGCCAGCAGUACAACGGUUUCCAAGCACCUCAACAGUACCAAGCUCCUAACUCCUUCGGUGCCAACUACCAGGGCCAGUACUCACAGCAGUCUGCCGCCACCAACCGUCAAUACCUGGCUCCCAACACCGGCUCCUACCAGAACCCUCCCCAGCAACCCUUUGACGAACAAACUGGAUACCUCUACUAAGAAGCAUCAUGUCCCUUAUUAUUUUAGUCAAAUAGUUGUGAUAAAGUGAUGUAAAUAAUUAAGACAUAUUUUCUGAUGAAAAUUAUAAAGAAAUUAAUUUGAUAACAACUCAAAUUCAACUUUUAACGUA